AUGACUUUACUAAUAUAAGCUAUUUAAUUGAAAAUUACUAAAAACUUAAAAAGAACAUAUAAAUAAAAUAUUAUACAAUUCAAAGAUUAUCUAAUUGUAAAAAUUCUUAAUUCAACUUACAACUUUUAACAACCUAUUCAUUUAAAUUUGGUCAAAUUCACUUCACUUGUUAGUAUAAGUAAAAGUGGAUUUCACCAUUUAUGCUAUGAAAAUAUCAGUAGUAAGAAUACUUCUUUGAUUGGAAGUAAUUUUAUUCAACGGGAAUUUGACCAUAUAGAAAUAAGGGGAGUCAAUUUACAUGGAGCAUAACUAUUCAAUUGUAAAUGGAAGAAUAUUAAAAUUCAUGAAUUGAAUAAGUUGGAUGGUCAUAUUGGUGAAAUCAACUCAGUCUGUUUCUCUCCUGAUGUAAAUACUAUAGAAACUAGUAGUUAUGAUUCAGAAAAUCUACCCUUCCUCUGGCUAAGAGAGAAAACUAGUUUUUUUUAAUAAAACGGGGUACCUCAAUUCUAUCAUUUACUUUUUCUGUGGCAGAACUUUUCUGAAGGUUUGUCGAAAAUAAAGAUAGAAAAUAUUUGA